AACUUUCCAUAAAUAACAAAGAUAGAACGACGCUUUUAGCGCGUAAGCGUGCUUCCCGAACGUAGCCAUAUUGAAAAUUGCAAAUUGCAGGGACGCACGUUUUGCAGAUUAGCGUUGAUCCGUGUUUCAUUUCUUGUGUAUGUACAGGUUUGGUCAUGGAUUUUUGCAAACUAUGGAUACGCCUGUAAUGUUCCUCCGUGAUGUUUUAUGUAUUCGACAUUUCAUGUGUUUGCCGGUUGUUGCAUUCUUGCCCGACGCUGCAUGUUGCACAGAGACUCACGAUAAAACAAUGACUGAACUUCUCAGGUUUUUGGCUCUUUGCAACUGCAAAUCUUUUAUGUGGAAAAGUCUGUAUAGUGAAAUCUUAUUAGAUAAUUUGUGAAACACAUGGCAGGAAAAAAAUUUUUGGAUUAUCAUACAUCUUGUAUAGAUGACAAUGAUGAAAUCGAAGAUCUUAAUGAGAAACUGUUGCAACUGUUAUCUGCACAAAAGAUCUUUUCUCAAAUUCCCAAAAAUCAAUCGUAUGAUGGUAGAUUAAAAAAUAUUAGUUCCAAAGUAGGAUUCAAAGCAUCCGCUUCUUCAUUAUUCGGCCAUUGUAGACACGAAUGUUCUCUUUUACAUCAUGAUAGUCCAGUUAAUAUACCAACUUUACCCAUUCAACAUCUUCCACCCAUUGGAGUAUUUUGGGACAUUGAGAACUGUCAAGUUCCUAAAGGCAGAUCCGCCAUAGCAGUUACACAAUUAAUUAGAGACAAAUUUUUUAAUGGCUAUAGAGAAGCAGAAUUUAUUGUAGUUUGCGACGUUCAGAAAGAGAAUAACCAAAUUAUACAAGAACUGAAUGACGCUCAGGUUAAUUUAAUACAUGUAGCUGCCACAUGUAAGAAUGCUGCAGAUGAGAAACUUAAACAGUCCAUCAGAAGGUUCGCCGAUAUUCAUGGCAGCCCAGCAGCUAUAAUUUUAAUAUCCGGUGAUAUUAAUUUUGCCGCUGAUCUCAGUGAUUUACGUCAUAGGAAAAAAAUUUAUGUAAUACUGUUACAUAAAAAAAAUACUUCAGAAGCAUUAAUAUUAUGCGCUAAUGAACAUUAUGAUUUUAUGGAGCUUACAGAGCCACUUCCAUCCAGAACUCCAGCAAAGGGUAAUGAAUCCUAUGACCUUUUAGUUAGUAAUCUUCCUGAUGAGAAGGAUGUUAAUGUCAUUAAGCGUCGUCUUAAGCAAUUAUCUGAUAAUUGCGGUGGUCGUGUAAUAGAUGUCCAAUCAAAUACUGCCAUUGUACGCUUUACGUCGCACAGUUCUGCAGAUAGAGCUCAGAAACGGAUGGAAGGAGAAUAUGUUCUUGGAUCAAAAAUACUUGUAAGAUAUCUCGGUAAAGAAAAAGGAAGUACAAUUGGCAAAAAUCUAGGAAAUAUUACAACACGAAGUCGGGCAGUCAGUGAAUCGGAAAUUGUUACCGACUCUAAGCAAAGCAGCUCUAAACAAAUGUAUGCUGCGAGUGCCUCUAUAUUAGGGACAAGAACCCUCCAAUUCCCAAAUUAUCAAACAUCACCACCUGUAGUCGGCGCUUAUCCUGCUUUUAGCGCCCAUUGCGCGCCCAUCAAUGCUCCCCCGCUAUCAGGAAUGGUGCAGCAACCUCCCAUAUUUUUUGGGAGAUCGUUUACAAAUAAUGAUGUGAAUUUUAAUAGGACAUAUAAUGAACUCGCUAGAGUGCAGUCACCAUUAAUUUGGCCAAUUGCGGAACCUCAUCAGUAUAGCCAUAUAUGGGAAGAACAAUAUAAAGUGGAGAAGUCAAAGAUAUCAGGAAAACGAGCUCAUAUCUCGCAGGUUCGGGAUAAUAAUGUUGCUAUUGGUAUAACUUCUCGUACUCCUGAAGGGCUUAGACGCAUUAGAGGUACACACGGUUCUUUUGCUUAUGCUUCCGAAUGGGUUGGAGGUCGACAGUCGUAUAAUUCAUUAGCUGUUCCACUUAAUUAUAAUGGGCAAUCCAACUCUUUUAAACGGCGUAGUCCAUCUCCUCUAUAUGAUGCACCAACUAGAGAAAAAAGUGCAUGGCAUAGUCAGAAUCAACAGCAAAUUUCUACACGGAACAACAAAACACCAUCCCCUUAUGAAAAUAACAUACUACAAGGGACAGGACAACACAACCAAACCUCGCGUUCUUCGCAUCUGAGUGAUGCAGAAAAUGAAGAAGUAGAGAAAUUUUGUAAUCCUAUAAAUAAUCGCAAUGGAUCUAGCGCUAAUAAUGGCACUAAUACACCUAUCGAACUGCAAGUGACAAAUUUAGAUCAAAGCAUCGAUAUAAAGGAUAUGAAACGGAUUCUUUCGUCUGUAUUCAUGGAACAUGUCUCAAGCUGUCAUAUUUCUGUAUUUAUGCAAUCAGACGGUAAUUUUGCCGCCAGCGUCAAAGUACCCUCGCUACCGGACGCACAAUAUGCAAUUUCGCAAUUACAUCGACGUAAAAUAGGCUAUAAACGCAUACUGAUAUCUUACGCUCACACUGGUGGAACAAAUCCCCAACUUAUCCGAGCACAAAUCGUACUACUUUUGCAAGAGGUUCCGGGACACAAACUUCCACUAUUCAAGUUCCGCGAAAUGUACGAGAGCCGGUUUAUGAUCUCUGUAAGCGUCUCCGAAUUAUAUAAAAUGAAAGACGUAUGCGUAAUUACUGAAGAUCCAAGUGGCAGAAUGGUCUCGCUCAAUCCGGAUCAUAGAAACACGCCAUCGCCAUGCAACACAGUACAGGAUGGACAAGUCAAAUUGCCGUAUUGUACAAUCCAUAUCGCAAAACCGUUGUCUGACAAAGGUUGGGCAGAACAAGAGAUGGCAUCCUUACCUAAUGUAAAGAUCUCCUUAAAAGUUCUCGAGUCUCGUAUGGAAGAAUUAUUAGCGUCGCACAAUGGCAUACUACCCUUACCAAGUCUACCAAACUGUUACGAGGCUGAAUUUAAGGAAAGGUUGGAAAUUGUAGAACAUGGUGUGCCUUUGGAACAUUUGGUAUCAUGUUUAUCAUCUAUUGAAUUAAGACAAGAUAUUGGCAGCGUAAAGUAUCUUGUGUGGGUAGGAAGAAAGGAUCAUGAAAGUAACCAGGAUGAAAACAAAUGCGUAAGUCCAUCGCUCGCAAAUCAAUUAGCCCUUUUUAGUCGUGAAUUGGUUGAUCUUUUGAAAACCGCUCCACACUGCCAAUUACCCUUUAAUCGAUUUAUACCAGCGUACCAUCAUCACUUUGGACGGCAAUGUAGAGUCGCCGAUUAUGGGUUCACUAAAUUGAUUGAUUUGCUAGAGGCACUUACACACACAGUCCAAGUAAUGGGUGAAGGCAAUAAACGCAUGGUUACAUUAUCGCACCGUGCUCAAGUACGUCGAUUCACUUCGGAUUUAUUACGAGUACUCAAGUCAAAAGCGAGCAAACAAGUAGCACUAUCGGAAUUUCCAAAUGUUUACGGUAGAGUAAUAGCAAAACCGUGGGAUAUUGUGGAUUACGGCGUGUGCAGUAUCGAAGAUAUUCUCGGUGAAGUGUCUGAAAACACAGUUGUCGUAACAUCUAUUGAGGGCGGCGAUAAAAUGAUCGCUAUUCCCAAACGUGAGCAGACUGUGGAAGAGAUGGAACGAACAAGAUUGUUUGCUAAGGAAGUUGUCGAAUUACUACAACAUGCACCUCAAUGCAGAAUGUUGUUCAAUAAGUUUGUACCUUCCUAUCAUCAUCAUUUUGGUCAUCAAUGUCGAGUAUCGGAUUACGGAUUCACCAAAUUGAUCGAAUUGUUCGAAGCAAUUCCGGACAUAGUUAAAAUCGAGGAAGUUAAUGGAGGCGAGAGACAGAUAUCUUUAACUGAGAUAGAGGGUCUUAAAGUUCUCGCCGAACAAAUAUCGAAAUUGGUAAUGCGCGCCAGAGGUGGCCUCAUGGUCUCGAACAUCGCGCAAACGUUUUUACAUCAAUUCGGCUACGCAUUACGUCCCGAAUUAUUCGGCUGCAAUUCCAUGUUACAUCUUAUGCAAAAGCUUAGAGAUACCAUUCAGAUCAUAGAUUUGGCCACAGGACCUGCUAUUAUCACAAUAGACAAAUCACAUUUGCAACAAACAACUCUUCAAUGCCGACGCAUACUGAUGGACCAACCUCAAUAUGGAAUGCCUGUUAAGGAAUUUGUUCAACAAUACUCUCAAUAUUACUUGAAGCAUGAAUCUAAGAGCAAAAAGCAAGAAUUUAAUCUAGACAAGUUUAGAAAAGAUCUGGCGAAUGUUGUUCGGUUUACAGUGGUAAAUGGCGAACAAUUCAUCGAACUCACACCGUUACAUCGUUUCGCCUGUGAUCUUUAUCGUGUAAUAAUGAAUUAUGGUGGUACAUUAAACUUGUCGCAGUUUGAUGUAUCAUACUCGACUAUCAUAGGGUCACCUUGUAAACCUGCACAAUAUGGUUUUCCAACAAUAACUGCACUUUUACAAGCAUUACCUUGCACCGUAACGAUAAAGGAAACAAGGAAGAAAGAAGCAGUUAUUUAUUUAAAUAAAAAAUUGGCUGCUGCGGCCGGUAUACUUUUACCAACGGUAUAUAAGCCGAUGUUAUCCUCUCAUGAUACGGAUUCCAGCAACGAUUCGUUUGAAAGUGAUUCUUCUUACCGCGUAAAUGUGUCAAAUGCUUUGGGCAUGGUAGAUAAUCACGAGAAAUGGAUAGAUCAGUUGACAAACAUUAAUUCUUGGAAAGUGAAAGAGGAUAAAGCUUUAUGGUCGGAAAAUCGUAUCAAGCAUUGGAAGAACUUGACAAGUUUGGAAGAACGCUCGAUUAAUUGGUCGGAAAGCGGCUGCGAGAGCUUCUUGAAGAGUUUAAUACGUACACCGAUAAUGCAACAUGACUUUCCUCCGCCACCACCUAAGCCCGAUUCCCCGCCCGAGGAUACCGUAUGUAAGGAAGAGCAUUGGAAAUCGUCGCUAUGGAUGUCUCCAACGAAAUUUACAUAUCCGCAAGACGAACAUUCGACGAACGUACAGGUUCCUCCGUUAACUUUACCGAGCUGGAACCAAUUACUGUCCGGUGAUGGUACAUCGGACUUGCUAUCACCAACGAAAAAUCUAUUACCUGCUGCUGCGAAUCCUUUGUACCUGCCUACUUCUCCUUACUAUUGCAAGUCUGUUGUUGCGCCACAUCCAUCUGAACUGCCGCUUCCUUCUUUAUCCCUAACACCCAAGAAGAAGAUAUUGGUAGAUAAUCAGAAGAAGAUUGCCGCGAGAACACAUCUCAAUCUUGCAAGUUCCGAAAGCGAAGAUAAUACUAUCGAUGAUGAUGAGAGCAGCGAUAGCCAUAGCACUUCUAGUAAGUUCCUAACUAAAGGCAAGAGACGUUUGGCAGCCCAGUUUAACCAGCCAAUCGAGCCAUGAGCAGAGAAUAUACAGAAAGAGAUGUUAAAAAGUGAUAAGCUCAGGAUCAAAACUGAUUGAGUUUGAUAAAUUUUAUGCUUGAAAAUAGUAAGAAACUGCAAAAUUCAACAUUACGGUCUUUCGGUUACCACCUAAGAUGGAUUAGAUUACCUAUAUAAUUAUUUCACAGAUGUGGUAGGUACCACACACUUUAUUUAUCACUAUAUUUACUCAAAAUUUAUAAGAAAUUUGUGUAUAGAGUAAAUGUGUAUGUAAAUGUGUAUGUGUGAUAGAGAGAAUACUGCUUAUAAGACUUGAGUUAUUUUCAAAGGGUAUGAAAAUAUACAUCGAGUAAAUAUGUGAUUGCUAUAAUCGGGAUUCUAAUAUCAAAUGCGUGAGUGAUCGAGUUUAUACCGAGUGACAUGUGCUGAUGGUUAGGAAACACGUAGCAUUUUUCGUACUGUGAUAUAGGAUAUAAAAAAAAGCAAGAUGAUAUGAUACAUUAAAAGAAGGAAAAUUUGGAUGGCAAUAAUUAACUUUCGGCAAAUCACACUCGAGAAGCAUGACGCAGUAUAUUUAAUUGAGAUUUAUUACAAUUUAAAUCUUUUUAUAUUGUGCCUCUAAUACACAUUUUUUAUUUGUAUAUUAUAGAUAUAGAUUUUUUAAUCUUAUUUAUGUUUUUUUGUAUUGCGUAUAUACGCGAAUUUACAAUCAAUUUUUACUUGAUUGUUUCGACCAGUUAAUAACACACACAUAAUCAUGGGAUAAUUUAUAUCUGAUUUUAAUUUUGUUUGUGAAAAAAUGCGCGAGGAAAGAUUAAAUUAGAUUUCAAUAGUUAUAUCAAGUAUUAAUUAAUUUUAUCUUGUAAAUAAAUUAUUGUUAAAUCGCUUCUUUCGAUUUGCCUACAUUCACAUUGUCAACAGCAAUGUGAAUUGCACUCAUGGCUGCGUUCCGUUUCAUGCAUGAUGCGCAUAAUGCAUAACUUAUCCUUAUUUAACAUUCGGUGAAUAACAAAGAUAAGUAAUGCAUCAUGCGCAUCAUGCAUGAAACGGAACGCAGCCCAUAUAACAUAUUAUAUGUCUGAAAAAGAUAUUGUGUAUAAUUGUUGCCAACUAAAAACUAAGUGAAAAUUCUCCUGUCCGCCAUGCAUUUUCAUCUGUAUAGUUGUUCAUCUUAAUCGCCUUAUAAAUUUUCUAUUUGCUCCAUUUUUCAUUUGUUCCAUUGAUACAUUUUUUACAGCUCAAUGUAUAGUUUUUCAAAUGUGUUAUAAAUGAAUGAGACAAUGUUAUGAAUAUAUAGCGAUUAUGUAAAAUUGGAAUGAUACGAUGUAUAAGCUGUUCUCACAUGAUUUCACGAUACGUAAGAAAAAAAAAAAAAAAAAAAAAAAAAUAAUUUUAUUGGUAAAAAAAUCUUUGAUGUUUAGAAAUUAGUACUAUUAUUUGAUAUAGCAUGAUCGAAGAAUAUGUAGCAGGAUGCGACACGCGAGAUAAAAUUUUAACAAAGAUCGUAGAGACAAACAUCAUUGUCCGAUACUAUUAAAUAACGAUAAAUACACAAAAUUUUAUU